CUCACCCCCUCACAGCCCGGCCUCUCCUAGUCCAGCCCCGGUUUGGUUGGAACAGGAUACACUGCGGCUGCCCAUUGGCUGAUGAAAAGUGAUUGCCAGCAACAGGAGCCAAUGUGGGAUCACAGUGGAGCUCGGGCUACCCGCGCAGCAAGAGAACGGACUUCUCGAGAAGUUCUUGAGGUGUUCUUCUGUGGGUGCCUGGGUGAGUGCACCCGGGUGUCAUGUUGUUUGUCUUGGGGAGACCGGGUGUGACCUGUGGCGUCCAGCAGACUUGGGCGAAGCAGAUCCUAUACAUCCUCCCCCCUUCCCGUGCUCAGAUCCACUGGGAACCCCACAGCUUGGGCACCCCCUUCCCUCUUGGCCCCCUGCAGGGCAGAGGGUACCCCAGGAAACUGGGACUGCCCCACUCGUGGGGUCUUCUUACUGAUUGGUGCCUACUCUGGCGGGGGCCAGGAGAGGUGAGGCAGGAACCCCACAGAUGUAUGGGGACCCCUGCCUAACAGGGGCUUCUGAGACAGUCUGCCCUAGGCCAGAGUGCUCUGGCUGAGACACAUUGCUGUGGGCUGGAUGCGCGAGGGAGCCCAGGACUCUAUCCAAGGGCAGGACUCCAGACUGUGUGCCCCGACUGCUCUCCUGGCCACCCCACCCCCAAAGGCCAAGGGCAGCCCGGCCACCGGUCUCUGCCCUCUCCGGCUUCUCCCUCUCCCUCCGCGCCUCCCUCCCCCUUUCUUCCAUCCCUCCUUCAUUCCCGGACUUUCUCUCCCUCUGUCCCUCUCUCGGGCUCUCUCUGCCCCUGUCCCGGUUGUGCCUUCUCUUCCCCACAGCCUCGUGUCUGUGACCCUCUCUUCUGACCAUCCCCGUCCGUUGGCACCUGGCCGGCUGUUCCACUUUGUCCGUCUCUCCCCGGCUCCACCCUGGAGCCCAGGUCUCGGGCUGGGUCGCGGGCGGCGGGGCGGUGGGGGGUGGGGUGCUGGCUGGGGCCCCGCGCCGCCCCCGCCCCGCACUGGGCACUCCCUCCCGGGGACUGCUAUAUAAAGCGGCGCCACCCGCUCCCGCCGCCCGUGCUGCCACCGCCGCCGCGCCGCCCGCCAAGCCCCGCCGCUGCCGCUGCCGCCGCCGCCCUCCAGGUACCCCGGCUCCUGCCCGCGCCCCGGGGAGAGUCAGGGAGCCCUCCAGUCUGCCAGCCACCCCACCUGUAAGAUGCUCUCUCUGGAUCCACUGGGUCCCGCGUGGGACUGCCCGCUGGCCUCCAAGGACCUGGAGGAAGAGGAGGGCCCAUGGGGAGGAGGCGCCGGCCUGCCACCCCCAGGCUGCUUCUCUGGCUCCUGGCGCCAUGACGUGGGCCUGGACUGCAAGGGCUCCCUCGAGGGAGCGGAGGCCCGGGCGUGGACCGUCUACCACUAUAGCCUCCUCCAGAGCUGUCUGCAGCAAGCUGGCCUGCCGGAGACCCAGGACCGCAGCCAGGUGCCCCGCACAGGCUGCCCUGGUGCGGAGGUGACCUUGUGCAUUCUGGGAUCCCCCAGCACCUUUCUGUCCGUGCUGCUGGAAGGAGGGGUCCAGAGCCCGGGAAACAUGCUCCUUUGCCUGUCCCCUGCUUGGCUGAUGAAGGUGCCAGCACCUGGGCAGCCGGGCGAGUCGGCCCUGCUGGUCUCCAAGGCCGUGAGCUUCUACCCGGGGGGCUUGACAUUCCUGGAUGACUUUGUCCCCCCACGCCGAGCCACCUACUUCCUGGCGGGCCUGGGGCUGGGACCUGGCCGGGGUCGAGAGGCGGCUGAACUUGCCCGUGACCUGACCUGCCCCACAGGAGCCUCAGCUGAGCUGGCCCGGCUGCUGGAAGACAGGCUGCUGACCAGGAGAUUGCUGGCUCAGCAGAGUGGCGUGGCUGUGCCAGCUACCCUGGCUUUCACCUACAAGCCACCAGCGCUGCUGCGGGUAGGGGAUGCCAGCCCAGGACUACGGCUGGUGGAGCUGAGUGGCAAAGAGGGCCAGGAGACACUGGUGAAGGAGGAAGUAGAGGCCUUUCUGCACUCCGAGGCCUUGGGUGAUGCCCUGCAGGUGGCCGUGAAGCUCAGUGGCUGGCGCUGGCGGGGGCGGCAGGCACUGCGUCUGUACUCGCGAAAGGAGCUGGGCACGGUGGUCGACAUGGUGCUGGCACUGCUGGAGAAACUGGAGGAGGAGGAGAGUGUCCUGGUGGAGGCUGUGUGCCCACCUGCCCGGCUGCCCUUCCCAGGCAGUCCCCCACCUGGCCCUGAGCUGGCUGUGCGGAUCUGUGCUGUGGUAUGUCGGACACAGGGUGACAGGCCCUUGCUGAGCAAGCCACACCCUGCCCAGGUGGUGUGCAGUGUGGGCCGUGAGGACCGGCCUCUGCGGCACCGGAGCUCCUUGCCACAGACGCUGGAGGUGGCACUGGCCCGGUGCGGCCUGGGUGAGGCGACGCAGGUGGCGGUCGUGCGGCGGCGCGUCAAGGCAGCGGCCGAGGCCGCGCUGGCCGCCGUGCUGGCCCUGGAGGCCGGCCUGAGCGCUGAGCAGCGCGGCGGGCGCCGGGCCCGCACUGACUUCCUCGGCGUCGACUUCGCGCUGACUGUGGCAGGCCGCGCGCUGACCCCCGUAGCCCUGGAGCUGAACUGCGGCCUGUGUCUGGAGGCGUGCGGUGCGCUCGAGGGGCUGUGGGCCGCGCCGCGCUCGCAGCCGGCGGCCGCGCCGCUCGUGGAGACCAUGCUGCGACGCUCGGCGCACUGCCUCAUGGAGGGCAAGCAGCUGCUGCUGAUCGGCGCGGGCGGCGUCAGCAAGAAGUUCGUGUGGGAGGCGGCGCGCGACUACGGGCUCAAGCUUCACCUAGUGGAGGCGGAUCCCAACCACUUUGCAUCCCAACUGGUGCAGACUUUCAUCCACUUUGAUGUGACGGAGCACCGGAGGGACGAAGAGAAUGCGCGGCUGCUGGCGGAACUGGUGCGGGCACGUGGCCUGCAGCUCGACGGCUGCUUCUCCUACUGGGACGACUGCCUAGUGCUCACGGCCUUGCUCUGCCAGGAGCUGGGUCUGCCCUGCAGCCCCCCGGCUGCCAUGCGCCUGGCCAAGCAGAAGAGCUGCACCCAGCUGCACCUGUUGCGCUGCCAGGGCCCGCCCUGGCCCGCGCCCUCCCUCCAUGCCGUGCCCUGCUGCCCGCUGGAGAGCGAGGCCGAUGUGGAGAGGGCCGUCCACCAGGUGCCCCUGCCGGGUGUCAUGAAGCUGGAGUUUGGGGCAGGCGCAGUGGGUGUGCGGCUGGUGGAGGACGCACCGCAGUGCCACGAACACUUUUCCCGGGUCACCCGCGACCUGCAGGGUGAGGCCGACCACCCCGGCAUCGGGCUGGGCUGGGGGAACGCCAUGCUGCUGAUGGAGUUCAUUGAGGGCACCGAGCACGAUGUGGACCUGGUGGUCUACAGCGGGCGACUGUUGGCCGCCUUCGUCUCCGACAACGGCCCCACGAGGCUGCCUGGCUUCACCGAGACGGCGGCCUGCAUGCCCACCGGGCUGGCACCGGAGCAGGAGGCACAGCUGGUGCAGGCAGCCUUCCGCUGCUGCCUGGGCUGCGGGCUGCUGGAUGGGGUCUUCAACGUGGAGCUCAAGCUCACCAGGGCCGGGCCGAAACUCAUCGAGAUCAACCCUCGGAUGGGCGGCUUCUACCUGAGAGACUGGAUCCUGGAGCUCUAUGGUGUGGACCUGCUGCUGGCCGCGGCUAUGGUGGCCUGCGGCCUGCGCCCUGCCUUGCCCACCCGCCCGCGCGCCCGUGGCCACCUGGUGGGCGUCAUGUGCCUGGCUUCCCAGCACCUUCAGGCUCUGAGUUCCACCGCCAGCCGUGAGACCCUGCAGGCUCUUCAUGACCAAGGCCUGCUGCGCUUCAAUUUGCUGGAGGAGGUCCCGGCGCCCGGUGAAUACGAGGAGCCCUACUGCAGUGUGGCUUGUGCUGGGCCCAGCCCGGCUGAGGCUCGUCUCCGCCUGCUGGGCCUCUGCCAGGGUCUGGGCAUCGAUGGGCCCCACUACCCUGUUGCCCACUUCCUGUCCCACUUCAAAUAGCGCCUCUCUUCCUAUAGCCCUGCCCCAGUUCUGGCCCGGCUCACUCGGAGGCCUCGGGUCUGUUCCAGAGUGGCAGGGCCAUUUGACAUUAAGGCAUCCUGGCUUGAGGGCCACAAAAGAAAGUAUCUUGGGGGGGGGGCUGCUGGCCCCUUUUGCUGUUAGUCCAGCCCAAAGGCCCCGAUCCUGUCCCAAGACUCUAGCCGUGGAGAAGCAACAGCAGCUGCACACACACACACACACACACACACACACACACACACGCACACCUGCCCCGGGGAGGUGAGAGAGGCCCAAACUUAGCCCAUCCUUGUCAUCCCUCCAGGUCUGCCUCUCUUCCUACAGGAAGACAGACGCUGGCUGGCCCCUGGCCUUGGACAAAUCCUAUGAAAACCUGAGACUAAACCCUGUCCUCUUCCUCUCACCCCUCAUUUAGCAAAUUCCAGGAUCUCUCUAGAGCCUGCUGACAACUUUCGGCAGUGCCCGGCCUGCCUCAUUUGGCCUGAGCGGUAGAAGCAGGUGGCCUGGGGUCAGCAGUAACCAUCUCCUCUCCAGGCAGACACUACUGCCCCAUUCUACAGAUGAGGAAACAGGCCCAGGGAGGAACAACCAUUGCCUCAAGGUCAUACCACAGUAGAUAGAGGAUCAAGGGACGAGAUACAAGAUUCAGGUUUCCACUUCUGCUCAGCCUCAUGUGCCCACUCAGCUUCUAAACCCCACUCACCUCCCCGCCCUCACUCGUAUGUGGCCUUAAGACGAGUGAACGCCUUCUCCCAUGCAGCAUGCACCUUCUCCACCAAGCUUUGGUGCUUUGGCCUCCGGCAUAACUAGCAUUGGCAGAGGAGAGGCUACACUCCCUUCCUAAUUCAGGGGAGGCUGUUUUAAUAACUCUGCCUCUGUACAGCACAGGAGCUGUGGCCAGCUCCACAAGCAUCCCUCUCCAAAUAAAGGCUUCUAGACUAAUGAAA